AUAGAAUUGAUUGUGCUGGUCGUUUCUCUUUUUUAAAAAGAAAACCAAGUUUAAAUAAUAUCAAAAAAGCUCUCUGUUGGUCAUUAGGACAGUGUGAUAUAAAUGUUUUAAUAAAAAAAAAAAAAGGCACCUUGAAUGUGGAACUUCCCUACUGGAAUAGAUCAGUAGAGCCCUGCACAGAUACAAAAUUUGUAUCCAUAUCCCAUCCCUGGAUAUAAAGCAGAUAUCUGCAGAUUUGUAGGGCUCUAGAUACAAAAUUUAUAUUCACAUGUGAUGUCCAAUCUGCAAAAAUGGUCUUUGGAUAUAAAUCCGCAGAUUUUCAGGGCUCUAUAGAUCAAUCAGGCCAAGACCAAACCUGACAAUGUUCAGAGUACAAAGCAAAAAAACAUAUAUAAGGGGUGAAUAGGAGGGGAUUAAAAUAAAAGCUGAAAGUAGCAGAGAUGAAGUACAGGAUUUUUUACAGACAAAUUAAUGUGUCUCAAUGUAUAUGGGACUUAGAUUCUACUCUUUUUAGGGAUUUUUAAUGUGACCAUUACCUAGAUAUCGGAGUACAGUACAUUUACAUAAAGUAGACAGUGAGACUGCAUUUCCUGCUCUUUUCCCUUACUACAAUGAUGGGCAUGUUAGAAAUGUCUCACAUAGACAGAUGGAAAAAUAUUUUACAGUUUGUUUUAGAAUUGUUUCUGAUUGUUGAUUCUUCAGAUAUGUUGCUGAGAAUUAGGUUGGGUUUUUAUUUUUUGGUAGAUCUUGAUAUCCUCUGGUAAUGAACAAGGGGGAUGUUGCUGGUUUCAAAAAUUUUCUAUGGAGUUGAGUAAGCAUUCUACAACAACAGUGAUAGACACACUCCAAGACACUAAGAGAAAUACGGGGAGAAGAGAAAAUACUUGAUGGUCAAGAGGAGUACUUCUGAAUAAAGGAAAGGAAUCUUACGUUCUUGGAGAAGCCUAUAACACAUGACCAUAGAUGGCACCUAAACCACUUGGGAAGUGGGAAAAGUAUGGAAAAAGAUACUGUCGAGAUUGGGAAAGGGAAACUGGAUUAAAAGAAUGGAUUCGAAGUGUACCAGGAGAUGACACAAAGGCAGCAUGCAAAUAUUGCGCAUGUGAAAUCAGAGCCCAUCAUAGUGAUUUGGUUGCACACAGUAAAACAAAAAAGCACAAGAGACAUGUUGCUUUAUUUUCACAUUCUUCUGAUAUGAAAAAACAUUCAUUUGAAUUUGAAGUUGAAAACCAAAAUUCAUUUGACGAUGAUAUCACGCAAACCAAAAUGGAUCAAUCUGUUAAUGUGUGCGCACUGAAGCUAGCGGCACACAUAGCUUGCCAUCUGAGCAUUUUCACAGUGGAUCACCUAGGCUGCAUUGUUGGAGGGAUAGCAGAGAAGGACAUUAGUCUGCAUAGAGCAAAAUGCUCCACACUGAUUAGAAAUGUCAUUGGUCCUACUGUACACAAAGAACUUCUCAGAGACAUUGGCAAUGGACACUACUCAUUGAUCAUUGAUGAAAGUACAGAUGUAUCAGCACAAAAGCAACUUUGCUUGAUAGUAAGAUACUUCAGCAACAAGCUUAAAUGUAUUGUAUCAUCCUUUGCAGGGAUCAUUAACUUGACUAGAAGUGGUACUAUCACAGAAGCCCUCUUGACAUUUCUAAAUGACAACAAGCUGAACAUAAAAAGGUGUGUUGGGAUUGCUGCUGAUGGUUUCAAUACAAGCUUAUGUGGAAAUAAAAAUUCAUUGCUCAAAAAGUUUUAUGAACUCAAUCCGUGUGGAGUUUUCAUCAAAUAUGUAAGUUACUCUCUCUAUUUGUGUUCUUCAAAAGCCAUUGAUGUGCUUCCAUUGAAUAUAGAGUACAUGGUUUCACGGACAUACUUGUGGUUUUCCCAUAGCACUUUCCACCAGAAGAGGUACCAUGAACUGUAUGCUGCCAUCAGUGUUGGAGAGAAUUUCCUGAAAAUACUGCAGCUUACUGAGACAAGAUGGCUGUCCAUUAGCCCUUGUAUUAACAGAGUACUUGAUCAGUAUGAAGCUCUGAUGCUGCACUUUCAGUCUAUAAGAGACAAUGAAAGGGACUACAGUGCUGAGCUUCUCUAUCAAAUGUAUUCUGACCCCGUAAAUAGACUCUAUCUUGUUUUUCUGCAGCCUCUUAUUGAGGAAGCUAACAGGAUCAACAAGUUAUUUCAAUUUGAAACAGUUAAUCCAGUUAACCUUAUUGCUGAAUUAAUGCUGUUCUAUCAGAAUUUGGUACAAAGAGUCAUGAAACCUUGUGUCUUUACAACAUGGUCAUCCAUUGUAAAUUAUGACGUUCACUGUAACAGGAACUACAUGCCUCUUUCAGAGGUUAACUUUGGAUCUGCGUUCCUAUCAGAAUUAAUAAAUGCAAAUCUUUCCUCACAUACAGUAGAGACCAUCCAAAGCAGAUGUCGAGAUUGUAUCCUUGAGUUUGCUAAGCAAAUAAAGCUCCGCCUGCCUCCAAAUGUCCAUCAUCUAGAAUCUCUCAGCGCUCUGAGCCCUUCAGUUGUUCUGAGUCCUACAAAACCUGAAUUCUCAACCCUGUCUUUUUUGUCCUUAUGUAGAGGGGAUCAUAUCAAGUUGAAACAGCAAUGGAGAAAUCUGGAUGCAGUCUCAUGGACGAACACAGAAGAUAGCCAAAUAGAACAGUUCUGGAUAGAAGUUGCAAAACACACAGAUGAAGUUGGUGAUAAGGAUUUUGUUGAGCUAGGAUUAUUUGCCCUUACCCUUCUCACCUUACCCUUCAGCACUGCAGCUGUGGAGUGUACAAUCUCACAAAUGAACUUGAUAAAAACCAAGUUAAAGAACAGACUGCAGGACAGCCUACUUGAAAAUAUCUUAAAGAUCAGGGCCUAUAUGCACCGAAAUAAGAUUUGCUGCAACCAGUUUCAGCCAUCCAAAGAGAUGAUAUCUUUGUUUAAUAAUGAGUUUUAUGCAAUUGCUAAUAGCAAGGAUGCUACAGAUGACUCUGAGGAGGAUAUAUUUUGAAAAGACUCAAGUGAAGAGGAUCUCUUUUAAAAAAAGUAAGCAAGGAUUUUCAAAAUGGCUCAUUACAAUUCAACUAUUUGAUUCAUGCAUUUCAAAUGUUGUUCUAUCUACAAAUCCGUUUUCCCAUUCAUUUAGUAAGAACUACUUUUCACAGAGUAAGAUACAUUGCAUAAAACCACACAACCCUUUUUAGAAAAGGAUUUUUGAAAAACGAAAGUAAAAUUUAAUGAGGCAUGUUCUAAUAGUAAUUCAUUUGGUGGGGGGUGCACUUAACUGAAGAUGCUGAUUAGAGAGUGCACCAAAAAACCCUUCCCAUUAGCCUAUUAAUGUAAUGCAGUCAUGGCAUAUUUUUAUAUUAAGUGAUACAGAACUUGACACUACAUUUCUGUGCCUCAGUACAAUACUCUCAGUCAGGAGCCAGAUGGCUGGGUGAAGAUUAAAUAAAACCUGCUUUUUUACAUGAGUUUUGGAGGGCACGACCCUUGAAUAAUUUGUAUUUAUGACUCUGUUAAAAGAGAUACUUCUAAGGGCAUUCUGCUCCAAAAAAAAAAAAUUCUGUGCACAAUGUUCUAAAAUUCUGCAAAACUCUACAAAUUUUAUUUGUCAGAUAAAUGUGGAGGCUCCACAUGACAUUGGGAAGCAUAGGCCACUCGCUGUACAGAGGUGGGAGAUCAUUGUGUAGCUACCCCUUGGGAUUUGGACUCAGGGGUGAGGCUGCACCUAACCCUGACAGUGCUAGGACUGGACCUGUCCCAGAAACACCCUAGGGCCCUUCCCCUCCAUGCCAGUUGUACUAGGUGUGGGCAGGCAGGCUUGGCAAGGCAGGAAACAAGUGUGGCAGGGCAUAGCAUGGGGAAUCCAGGGGUGAGUUGAGAAGGUUCUGUGUGCGGUAACUUGAGUGCAGGUGGCUCAGUGGGGUAUCCAAGUGCAGGAGGGAUCUGGAUGCACAGGGGUUUGUUGGGGGGGGGUUCUGGAUGCAGCGGUAAUGGGACUCUGCAGCGGGGUCCAGGUGAAGGUGGUUGGGGCUCAUCAGAGGGGGUCAGUGUGGGGAGGACAGAGUUCUUCAGGAGGGUCUGGGUUUGGGGAGCUCAGUGGUGGGGUACAGAUGCUGGAGGUGUGAGAAGCUCAGUGGGAGGGGGAUCCAGGUGCAGCUGGUUAGGGUUUCGGUGGGGUGGGGAUCUGGGUGUGCUUUGCUCGUCGGAAUGGUCCAGGUGCAGGGGGUGAGGAGGGUCCAGGUAUGCGGGGGUCUGGUCCAUGGGGGUUGGGCGGAUGGGGGAGCAGCUCCCUGUGCAGGGAUCCCUCUCCCUGCAGCUGAGGAGCAAUGGGUGCAUGGGGGAAGGGGAAGGGCACAGUUUGUAACUGGGGGAGAAAUCAGGGGGUGGGUGCCAUGCAAGGAAAGAGGAAGUCCUAGCAGCUGAGCCUGGCGCAAGGAGCUACCAGCCGGGUCUUCCCCAGUCCUGCCCCGUGCCUCACAGUGAUUUACUUUUCUGAGAGCUGCCCUGAGUACCCAAAACAUACUCCUGGGGAGGGUCCCAUGACUGUUCUUGUGGCUUCCCUUUGCAGGGGAUGUAAAUUCUGCACAUGCGCAGUGGCGCAAAAUUCCCUCAGGAGUAAAGAGAAGUCUGAAAUUUAAAGUGGCAUAUUGUAAAUAAAAAGGCUAAGGAUUAUUAAAAUAAUUGUAAGAUAGUUGUAGUUUCUUAAUGGUAAAUAGUCUUAUGCUUUCUUUUGGGACUUUUUUUAAUUAGAUGAAUUAUGUACAAGUAUGAAGUAAUAACUUAAAAUAGUCUGGAAUUAUAACAGUGGAGGAUAACGCCAUAAAAUAUUUUAACUGUUGAAAUACCUAUUUUGAACCCACUUUUAUAAAUUUUUAAUGUACAUUCUAAAUUUUUGUAAUAAACUGAUAUAACCUAUCAUAAAAAA